UGACAGCGCAGCCUGCCAAUGGGCAGACCCAAAUAAGCUACCCUCCCACCUCUGGCUACUUCUAUAUGAGCUUGUUUGAGCCUGGCGAAGCUAUGAGGAGUUGAAGCUGUUGCUGGCUACUCAGAGGAGAGGGAGAGCUUAGUGGUCUUUGGUCAGAUGCAUUGCCAUCCUUAAACGUGGGUCUAUUCGAGAGCUUUAGGAAAACUCACUGUCGCAAUGGCCAAGUAUAAACUUGUCUUGUUAAGGCAUGGAGAAGGAGCUUGGAAUAAGGAGAAUCGCUUUUGCAGCUGGGUGGAUCAGAAGCUUAACAGCGAUGGAGAGCAGGAAGCCCGAAACUGUGGCAAGCAGCUCAAAGCCCUGCGCUUUGAGUUUGAUCUUGUCUUUACCUCUGUCCUUAAUCGGUCUAUCCAUACUGCUUGGCUGAUAUUGGAAGAGUUGGGUCAGGAAUGGGUUCCGUUGGAGAGCUCCUGGCGACUAAAUGAAAGGCACUACGGGGCCCUCAUAGGCCUUAACAGGGAGAAAAUGGCACUGAAUCACGGUGAAGAACAAGUGAGAAUCUGGAGGAGAAGCUACAAUGUAACUCCACCUCCCAUUGAUGAAUCUCAUCCUUACUAUCAUGAAAUCUACAACGACCGGAGAUACAAGGUUUGUGACGUGCCUGUGGACCAGCUGCCCCGAGCAGAAAGCCUGAAGGAAGUGUUGGACAGGCUUCUUCCCUAUUGGACUGAAAGGAUUGCCCCCGAACUGAGAAGUGGCAAAACUAUUCUCAUCUCUGCUCAUGGCAAUAGUAGUAGAGCACUCCUGAAACAUCUGGAAGGCAUCUCGGAUGAUGACAUUAUCAACAUCACCCUCCCUACUGGCAUCCCCAUCCUCUUGGAACUGGACGAAAACCUCCAUGCUGUUGGCCCUCAUCAGUUCCUGGGUGACCAAGAAGCCAUCCAAGCAGCUAUCAGGAAGGUGGAUGACCAAGGAAAAGUGAAGAAAGCAGGGAAAUAAAAUUCUGGCUCUGGGCUGUCUACCGACUGUAUAUAGAAGUUAUGGCAAUGUUACAUGGUGUGUUGUGGAUACUAAUCUGUAUUCUUUUUGUGUAUGAAAUUGAAUGAAACCAAAAUUUAGCAUUGAGUGGGCAGGCUGUAUGGUGCAGUGUACGUAGGGGGUCCUAACCUCUUUUACUCCAGGUGUGUGUUCAACACAUCUGGUUUUAGACCUGCUAAUAUGGAUUUGGUCUCCCCAUUAGAUCCCGUUUGAUGUUCCCAAUGCUAGCUGGCCAAUGGGUGAGGCCUUGAGUAUUGACAAAGACCUGUCAUAGGGUAGUGGUGGGUGUGACUUUUGAAGUGAGGUUAAGAGGUUCUGAUACAGUGUUUUAUGGGAACUUUGUGCCUCCUUCCUUUCACAUAUGGCAUAAUUCACUUUCCCAUGCACUAAGCUGUGUCUGAGAUUGCACUAUGGGGUAUUAGAUAAUGCCUUGUACCUAAAAAUUAUUUAUUAGUAGAUUCUAUUCCCCUUCUCCAUAAAAGAAUGGGUGCUCUGAUUUAUUUAAGACCAGUGGCUCAUUGACAAGGAAAAGUAUUUUUUCACCUCAUAAAAUUGUGCCCUCUAGGUUUAAUGUUCGGUCCAGAAGUUUUCUUUGUUUGGUAGAAUUCCCUUUGGCCACUGGAUUCUUCAGAGCACAAAGAACUAGAAUAGUUCAUGCUCUGAUUAUUUUUCCCUCCCUUCCCUGGGUUCUUGGGAUCUAGAAGAUUGGAAUAAAAACAUUUGUCAUCAGAAUAGCUUAGCUCGAAAAAUCACAUAGCAUAUGGGCUUUCCCCUUCUAGACAAACACCCCAAACGUAACAUUCAGCGAAAAGCAGUUGUUUGUGCCUUUCUGUGAUCUACUCCGUUAGGCUUAACACCGUUCCUGAAACACUGGAAGAGAACGGGGCUCAGUUCAGUGUCUGGGCACUACAGAUUGUUCUGUUUAACAGGCUAAAUUUUAAAGACUGUGAAGACAAUAUGGCGAAUAUGUUUGCAGUCAAGAGAAAAAUAUAAGUUGUGUCUCAGUUAUGUAACACUAGCUAAGCUAACUGACUAUUGCAGUACAUAGCCCAGUACAAGGGGGGAGAGGGGGAGUUUCCUUUCCUUUUUCUGUUUCUUUUUUUUUUUUCUUCUCCUUAUCUGUGCUUGUAGGGCCUCAGACAUGAUAUUACUUGCAGCCAGUUUUCUGAAUUUUAUCUAUUGAGGCAGCGAUUUAGUUACUGGGUACUUUUUGAAAGUAAUUUUUAAAUAGUGAGUUCACCAUUGACCCUAUGAAGUUGACCUUUGAAAUCCAAGCAUAUCAUAGUAGUUGUUUCCAGAAUAGGUAAUUUGCUCAGUGAGGAGAGGCAUGAGCCUCUUGAUAGAUGUGAACCUUCUAUAUGGGAUUUUUGAGGAUAAACAUUAUCUUAGGGCUAGGUUACAUCUGUAGGCGUUUUGGAGGUCUACCAGUUCAAAUCACUUUGUAAGCUCUCAAAGAGGCAAUAUUCCAUUACAUGAAACUAUAUGGAAGUGAAAUCUGCAUAAAUUUGGUGAAGAUUUAAUAAGUCACCGGGGUAGCUAGGUGGAGCGGUGGAUAGACCACCAAGUCCCGAAGUCAGGAGGACCCGGGUUCAAAUAAGGCUUAGAUACUUACUAGCUAUGUGACCCUAGACAAGUCGUUUAAUCUCAAUUGACUAAAAAAAGAAAGAAAAAGAUUUAAGAAGUCACAACAGCCUUGACAAGAAAUCUACAUAUGUACUCAAAGGUAGCUUUGUGGUGGUGAUAUUUUUUAAGAGUGAUUUUCUAGAAGCAUGAGGUUGAGCAUUCUGACAAGUUAGGAAUGUGUGCUUCCUAUAUCUUUGGAGGCCUGACUUUUAGCUGUAGAAAAGAGAGAUUCUCUCUCUUUGAGAGGCUGGUGUUUUAUGUAAACAUUGAGUUUGCCAACGGUUGUCGGCAGGAUAGGAACUCAUUCCUUUGCUUCUAGGGGACAUGGGAGGGGAAUUUCCUAUAGGUGAAUGAGCUCACACACGGCAACUUUUUUUUGUGUGUAUAUGUGUACAAAAUCUAUACCUAUUAAUUUUCAAUAAUAGGUCUGACCACUUAUCACAAGGAAUUCAGUCAGAAUACUAGGGGAAGUUUUCCCCCUUUGUUUCAUCUUCCAUGUCUUCCUUCAGGUCUUAAAAGCCUCUUCAUUUAGUUUGAGCUUAGGGGGUGGCUUUUGAGGCUUUAGCUUACCCAAGUGGGUUCCUAACUGAAGCAUGAACCCUGUGAAUCAUGGGAGGAGAGCCCAGAUGAAUCCCUUCCUCUAAAAAAAAAAACAAACUAAAACCUUUUUUUCUUUACCCUUUUGAGGGAAGAGAAACUUUUGUUAACAAAAGGAAUUUGUCCCAUUUUCAAAGGAAUAGUUUUCAGCCUCGACUCUGUUUUGCCUUACCAGAGUGUCAUGCCAAUUUUGGGGAAAUCAACACACAAAAAAAUUCUACUUCCUGGGCAAUGUGAACGAAGUUAUAUAAAGAAGACUUGUACAACUGUAUAGGAAUCAGCCAAAAUUAGAAUAGGAAAGAGCAAAAUCCUUUGUUUAGGUCCCAUUGCUUCAAGAAAUCAAGAAUUAAUUUUUCCUUGUCCCUCAGUCUCUUCUAGUUCUGUCUGUCUACCCCCUUUAAUGUCUUUGAUAGUCUGGCAGAGGGAGCUGCCAGAGAAAUGGGUAGGUUGAUUGCUUGGAGUAAGGGUGUGGGGGAGGAAGGAUAGGGAAGCAUCUUGACCUGCAAGAGACUCACCAACCUCAGCAGCAUUUUGAAUACCUUGCUAUGUUCAUAAGGAUUUAUUCUAACCAUUCUUUUAAAAUACAUGGAUGAGAAAUGAAAGAUUUUUGUGGAUUGAAAUGGAAUGAUCAUUGUUUCUCUCUUCCUUCCCUCUAAUUCUACUCCAGAAGCUUCCUCAGUUUACUCUAGAAUAGUUGAUAAAGUCCUUUAGUCCUUCAUGUGAGAUGUGAGGGUGGGGGCAGUUGUAUUCAGUGUUAUGUUUGAUAAUGUUUCUUUUGCCUGUCAUUAAAAGCAAAUUCGUUUCCCCCCA